AUGACCAGCGUGUGCGCGUGUGCUGCCUUCGGCCUGCUCAGCAUCUCUGUAGCCACGGAUUACUGGCUCUUCACCAAGGAGAAAACCAAGGAGACCCCGGGGAAUAAGACGGCCACCGCCAAGUACAGGAGCGUGUACUCCGGGCUCUGGAGGAGAUGCAAAUACGGUAAGACCAAGGUCUGGCCCAUGGCUAGUAGUAACUACCCUGUCAUGGUCGCGAUGCAUUUACAUGUUUGAAUGUGCGUUUUUGUUUCUCGAUAGUGGCAGACGAAUACUCUUUUAAAAUUAACUAUUACAAAAUAACACGUCGAAAGACAUAUAUAAUAUAUAUAUAGUUAGUAAAUUAAAUUUAAAUUUUAUUAUAUCUUAAUAUCAUUUUUAAGAAAUGACUUAUCGCUUGGCUUAACACCUUGGAGCCCAAUUUAAUAUUCCUUUAUCUUCUUGCAAAUAGAAUACUUUAAAGCCAAAGACUCAGUGCCGUAGCUAGGGUUAGGGUUAGGGCCACCCAUGGCAAGGGUUACGGUUAGGGCCGCCAGGGGCCAGGGUCAAUGCCUCUCGUAACUAGAAUUUUUGCCGCCCAUGACAGUUCAAGAUCUUUGCCACCCUGUCCACGAAACAAAAAAAACAACAAUGUAUUUGGCCAAAAGCGCCGCCCUUGAUGUAAACGAAGAAAUUGCCCCCCCCCCGUCCCCACCGCCCCGCCCACCGCACCCUCCUCACCUCCCCCUACGCUUUAGCGAGUACUUUGCUUUGACUGGUGCACUCGGUAAAUAAUUCAUUAAAAACACACAUUCCUUUGCAUUCGGCUUGGGUGUUCAGACUCCCAAAGGCAUCAGAAACAUCCCAUAAUUGUAUAAGACUGCACCGUUACUUCCAGUGGACGCUAUUCAAGACACUUUCUCAUACGACCGUCUGAAUGGUUAUUUUAUUUGUCUGCAUUAGGGCUGUGAAGGAUGUCGUUUUUUUUUUUAAAACCCAUUCCGGAUUUUUGGAGAAAAGACCCGGCAGCUCCGAUUCCGGGUGUUACAAAAAUAAGAGUUAUUUUCUUUAAUGUGUUCAGCCAGUGGGGAGAAGUGAAAAGUCCAUGACUAGAAGGAGUAGCUAUCAUGCCGGCAUCAAAGUUAAAGGCUCCAUAACAAUAAUAGUAAAAUAAUCCUAACCCAGCGGUUCUCAAUAUUUUUAUGAGCCUUGAGCCCUUUAUAUCAUUGUCCAAUUUGUUGCGGCCCCCAUUCAGAAUUAUCCCUCAAAAUUGAGAAACGAGUGUUGGGAAGAGGAAGCUUGUUUGUUGAUGAAAACAAUUGGUUUCUGCAAUUUUGAUCGGGCUCGGAGGGAAGCGGAUAUAAGGGCUAAGACGGGAGUAGGAGACGUAGGGAGGGCUCUGUAAGUCGUGACACAGACAUUUUUUGGAUAAAUUCGCACACCUCGUUACAGCCUUCCGUGGGAGCUGCCCAACUUUUUAAGUUUAUAUGCACACACACAUACACAAACAUAAAAAUAGAACAUAGAUCAUAUAUUAUCUGUUGUUGGUUUUUUUAAUGAAAAGAAACUGACAAAAUAUUUAUAUUAAAUCACCUGUUGACAUCUACCAAAUGAAUCAUAUUUAGUUGCUAUUUCAUGUAGCUGUAUUUUAGUCAGUGUACUCAACAAUAAGAGAGAAAUCCAACCAAUGUUAAUGAUAUUAAAAAUGAAAUAUGAAAUAAGACAAAAUGCAUCAUUUACACACACACACACAGACGCACGCCUCCCCCCCCCCAACCACACACACAUUUCUGAAACUUUUAAACGACCCCUGACAUUAUGUUAGACAAUCCCUUAGGUGUUCGUAACCCACAUGUUGAGAACCACUCCCCUGAUCCACAAAUACAACAAAACUCAAAGAUGGAGCGCUGAGCUUCCUUAUGUCCAUUUGUGUUGCUGACCGUUGGUUGGUAGCAGGUUUUGACUUUUUCUGAUACCUGAUGCCCCGAUCGCAUAUAAUCAUGUAGAUAGCGUCUUAGCCUUCCUUCAGUUAAGCUAAUUGCGUCACUUAUUAAAUAAGUGCAAAAUCACAUAACUUUUACUAAAUUAUGUGACAUAACUUAUAAAUGAUACGCACACACAAACACACUCGCACCAAACACACACACAAUUGAAACAAAAAAUGUUGCUACUCAUUUUCACCACCCAAUCAGUAUCAUCAGCCAAUCAGUAUCAUCAGCCAAUCAGUAUCAUCAGCCAAUCAGUAUCAUCAGCCAAUCAGUAUCAUCAGCCAAUCAGUAUCAUCAGCCAAUCAGUAUCAUCAGCCAAUCAGUUGGUAUCAUCAGCCAAUCAGCAGGUGUAAUGAAAUAUUGAUUGUAAAUAGAAAGUACCAUGGUCAAAACCAAAGAUAUUCAUAUUCUAUAACAAAUAUUUACACAAAGCUCGCACCAAGCACGGGAUUAUUUUCAACGCUUUGCAGUUUCAUUUAGCUCACAUUUAGUUUCUUUUAGCUUACAUUUAGUUCCCUUUAGCUUUAGUUUCAUUUAGCUAACAUUCAGUUUCAUUUAGCUUACAUUUAGUUCCCUUUAGCUUUAGUUUCAUUUAGCUAACAUUCAGUUUCAUUUAGCUUACAUUUAGUUCCCUUUAGCUUUAGUUUCAUUUGGCUAACAUUCAGUUUCAUUUAGCUCACAUUUAGUUUCUUUUAGCUUACAUUUAGUUCCCUUUAGCUUUAGUUUCAUUUAGCUAACAUUCAGUUUCAUUUAGCUUACAUUUAGUUCCCUUUAGCUUUAGUUUCAUUUAGCUAACAUUCAGUUUCAUUUAGCUAACAUUCAGUUUCAUUUGGCUUACAUUUAGUUCCCUUUAGCUUUAGUUUCAUUUAGCUAACAUUCAGUUUCAUUUAGCUAACAUUCAGUUUCAUUUAGCUAACAUUCAGUUUCAUUUAGCUAACAUUCAGUUUCAUUUAGCUAACAUUUAGUUUCGUUUAGCUAACAUUUAGUUUCGUUUAGCUUACAUUUAGUUUCGUUUAGCUAACAUUUAGUUUCAUCUAGUCAGUUUUCAAUUACUUUUUGUUGUUUUUUUAAAUUCAGGUCAAAUGUAAACAAAUUAUGUAAAAAAGAUAUACUGAUAAAAUAUUUCCACCCAUAGGAUUGAACCCACUAUAGAAAUGAGAUGAUAACCUAUUUUUUAAACACCCGGACCCAGAUCCGAAUCUCACCGGGCCCGGGUAUGUGCCGGGUGUGCUAUUACUCGGCGUUUCCAGAGACCCGGGUCAGUGGCAGGCAUAGCUCUAGUUUGUAUUGUGUGCCUGGCGAUAUUUUUAUUCUGCCCCCUUCUGCCGUUAUGUCCAUCGUAUGAUGACUUCAACUCUUCUGGUGGGGCCCACUUAUUGUUAUUGGGUCAGGCUACGACGUUAGAUCAUAAAGAAGACGGAUAUAAGUUUCUGAUCAGAACCCUAGAGACCUGGACUCACGAUGAGCGUCAGUCCAAAACACAAUGGGAGUAUAAAUCGUUAAAGUCUACACACAAUAGACCAAGCGGGCAGUAAUAAAAUAAUGAAAAGGUCAUAUGUGAUUGGACAUAAGUAGGUGAGAGGACAGCAAGAGGAAUGUGAUGGAACAUAAGUAGGUGAGAGGACAGCAAGAGGAAUGUGAUUGAACAUAAGUAGGUGAGAGGACAGCAAGAGGAAUGUGAUGGAACAUAAGUAGGUGAGAGGACAGCAAGAGGAAUAUGAUUGAACAUAAGUAGGUGAGAGGACAGCAAGAGGAAUGUGAUGGAACAUAAGUAGGUGAAGACAGCAAGAGGAAUGUGAUAGAAUAUAAGUAGGUGAGAGGACAGCAAGAGGAAUGUAAUGGAACAUAAGUAGGUGAGAGGACAGCAAGAGAAAUAUGAUAGAAUAUAAGUAGGUGAGAGGACAGCAAGAGGAAUGUGAUAGAAUAUAAGUAGGUGAGAGGACAGCAAGAGGAAUGUGAUAGAAUAUAAGUAGGUGAGAGGAGAUCAAGAGGAAUGGGAUAGAUUAUAAGCAGGUGAGAGGACAGCAAGAGGAAUGUGAUAGAAUAUAAGUAGGUGAGAGGACAGCAAGAUGAAUGUGAUUGAACAUAAGUAGGUGAGAGGACAGCAAUAGGAAUGUGAUAGAAUAUAAGUAGGUGAGAGGACAGCAAGAGGAAUGUGAUAGAAUAUAAGUAGGUGAGAGGACAGCAAGAGGAAUGUGAUAGAAUAUAAGUAGGUGAGAGGAGAUCAAGAGGAAUGGGAUAGAAUAUAAGCAGGUGAGAGGACAGCAAGAGGAAUGUGAUAGAAUAUAAGUAGGUGAGAGGACAGCAAGAGGAAUGUGAUGGAACAUAAGUAGGUGAGAGGAAAGCAAGAGGAAUGUGAUAGAAUAUAAGCAGGUGAGAGGACAGCAAGAGGAAUGUGAUAGAAUAUAAGUAGGUGAGAGGACGGCAAGAUGAAUUUGAUAGAAUAUAAGUAGGUGAGAGGACAGCAAGAGGAAUGGGAUAGAAUAUAAGUAGGUGAGAGGACAGCAAAAGGAAUGUGAUAGAAUAUAAGUAGGUGAGAGGACAGCAAGAGGAAUGGGAUAGAAUAUAAGUAGGUGAGAGGACAGCAAGAGGAAUGUGAUUGAACAUAAGUAGGUGAGAGGACAGCAAGAGGAAUGUGAUGGAACAUAAGUAGGUGAGAGGACAGCAAGAGGAGUGUGAUGGAACAUAAGUAGGUGAGAGGACAGCAAGAGGAGUGUGAUGGAACAUAAGUAGGUGAGAGGACAGCAAGAGGAAUGUGAUGGAACAUAAGUAGGUGAGAGGACAGCAAGAGGAAUGGGAUAGAAUAUAAGUAGGUGAGAGGACAGCAAAAGGAAUGUGAUAGAACAUAAGUAGGUAGGAUGACAGCAAGAGGGAUGUGAUAUAAAUAUAAGUAGGUGAGAGGACAGCAAGAGGAAUGGGAUAGGUUAUAAGUAGGUGAGAGGACAGCAAGAGGAAUGGGAUAGUACAUAAGUAGGUGAGAGGACAGCAAGAAGAAGGGAUAGAGCAUAAGUAGGUGAGAGGACUGCAAAAGGAAUGUGAUAGAACAUAAGUAGGUGAGAGGGCAGCAAAAGGAAUGUGGCAGAACAUAAGUAGUUGAGAGGACAGCAAGAGGGAUGGGAUUGAACAUAAUUCUACUUUGAUUGGUCGUAACGAGGGGUGGGCGAUGUAAAAGUUUUAACAAGGGAAUGAGAACAUGCCACUCAUGCCAUGUGGUGUCAAGGUUCCAUAAGACUGGAUCAGUUUGUUUUUUAAUUCCAUCUGGUUAGGUGUGCUUAUCUUGCACAAUAUGGAAGUGUUCUCUACAUCUGUCCAAGAGGCGAUGGCCUGUCCGGCCUAGAUACGACAUCCGGUAACGGGUCCAAGCAAUGGCAUAGAAAACAUUGCGGCUAGUACAAAGGAAACCGUCCCUUAUCCGAAAACUGCGCUUAGGAAUGGGAAUGCGUCAAGUCUGGAUAACAAAAGGACAGAUAUUGCAACUGUUGAGUUCACAUGGCUUGGUACAAAAUGGGACGGGGGCAAAGUUGAUGUGACUUCGCACAAAGAUAUCUGCCACGUCUGAAAACAAAGAAAGGCGGGGAAGUGAAAAUGUCGUGGGUUUCAGGGUCGGCGAGGAGAAUGGCGAGGUUUUUAAUGAAAACAUGUUGGGCUAUGAAAUAUCCAGGAAAAUAUGUGAGAAUAAGUUUAGUCCUGUCAACAUUGGCUCUAGGACGAGACCUGAUGGCAUCAGCAUGAAUAAUAUUUUUAACUCUUUGAAGGAUGGGUUAGGAAAUGGUCAACUAUUUCUAUGCCUUGUCCCAAAGGUCAUCUCUGACUGGCAAAUUCGACGAAUACGAAAUAUUUGAGAAAAGGGAAAAGAGUUUCUACAGGAUUUAGGGUGGGAAAAAGAGUAGAGUAAAUAGCUGUGGCUGUCAGUAGGUUUAAAAUUUGGUGGAGGUGAGAAUGCUGCCUUUGUGAAGGGUGACCGUAGUGUCCAAAAAAGUUAGGUCUAAGAGAUUAGUGAUGUGAAUUUAAUGGAGGUGUGAAAAGAGCCUACAUGCCAUUCUGUAUGUCCUUCGGCCGGCAAUACAAAUUUCCUUAUUGCUCGACAUCUUGUUACAAUGAUAUUAUCUAAGACUAAUUCACUGCGAACGCUUCUCAUAGCUGCAUUACACGCUGUUUGUACAAUACUUCCAGAAACAACAUUCGAUUUAUUGGCUUAGGAAAAGGUUAAUAGUUUUGUAAGGGAAAAAAACGCUAAACAUCAACAACAAAAAUAAUGAUAAUAUUUCACAUUAGAUCAGUCCCUACUACGAAUAGAUUAAAGACAAAACAAAUCAUUUGAGUUUGAAUUGAGUUAAGUUUGAUAGAACUAAACAAGGUUUCACACUAUAGCAGGAAAUGUAACGACGUUAGAAAUAUAAUUAGAAUUACAAAGGGUUAACUUUGCAGCCAUUUUGGGUCUAUGUAUGUCUAUGUUAACAUUUACGUAGCAAAGCUCUUGGCAUUAAUUUGUUGUCUACACCAUUUUCAUCUACUCAUGUAUUUCGCCCUAUAUGAUAAUUGUAGUGGAUACGAACCAAUACAUAGACGUUGUGUAGUUUUUAAGACUAUUUUAUACUUUUAAAGGAAACAUACAAUUUCAAAUAUUGAAUUGAUUCACAAGCAAAUAAAGAUAUUCUGUUUGAUGCUAUUGUUCAAAAAACGUUGCAAAGAUAUUUUUUUUAAUUUUUAAAACCAUUCACCUUACAUGAUUCAGCUGUAUGGUAGAGAAAUAGCCGUCGCUUCCAAUAUAUAUAUUGAAUCCCAAAUUUCCAUAUAUACCUCUUUGCCACUUAUAAAAAUGUAGCACACUAUUCCAUCCAAAUGUAGUACACUAAUUCAGACCCAAAAAAAGCAACCUAUGCAUGCUUUAUGUAGAACGUAAACCAGCUUUUAGCUAAACAUUUGCCAAACCCGAGAUUAUUUUUUUAAAAAUUGACAUUGCAAAAAUAUAGUUUAUCAAUUAAUCCUGUGCGUGCAAUUCGUCAUUCACUUCAUUCAGAUGAGUAAUAAUGUUCACCAAGGCUUCAGGAUCACACUGUCUAUAAAUAAAGAAAUUUAUUAUUUCCACUAUCAAAUCUUUGUUCCGUUGAAUGAAUUUGUAAAUCUUAAUUCACCUUAAUAAGAUGAUGACAAAGUUUCACUCAGCUAUGAACAAAUUGAGCUGGCCGGAUUUAGCCCGGGAGCCGGAGAUAUUCCCCUCGCCCUGCCAUAGAAUUCGCCUCUGCUGGCCUAAGGUUGCUGGUAUUGAUUGAACUGUGCCUUCUGCUCUCUUGACUGAGGAGCUGCCUGUAAUCAGCAUUGCCAUCAGUUGAUAUCAGUUUAAGGGCUGCGAUCACUCAGCUACGUUGUCACUCUGAUGACUUUGUUUUGUCCAUUUCCAAGUUCUCAGUAAACCUUAUUGCCUGCGUUGCUGACUAUCUAUGUAGAAAGAGGGUAUAAAUGAAAUGACAUGUAUUAAAUUCAAAUCGGUUUAAAAAUAUGUUAUCUGUAAUUUUAGCUUCUUAGAUGUGCAGUUUUAGCUCCGAUUUGAGCAUUUUCUCAUGCUAAUCAUAAUCAACUCUAAUUUGUUCAAUGGCGACUAAAAGUUAUCACAUUUUCACAAAGUCUCCAACAAAAGAUCACACAAUGUCUUGUAACCAACAUUCAUAAAGUUCUAUAACAUGAAAUUUUUUCCUAUCAAACGCAAUCCCAUUGCAUGUUUUAUCGAGUCUUAUCUGGACCUUGGUCAUUUUUUAAGCAUUCCUUAUCGAGUUCUACUAUGGUCCUUGGUCAUUUAUGCAUGUCUUAUCGAGUCUCCUCUGGACCUUGGUCAUUUAUGCAUGCCUAUUUUUAUUUACAGUAUUUUUACGUAUCCCCAAUACUAUUUUAUAUGUUAAAUUGCGUUUUAAAUUUUAAUUCAAUUGUUACUAAUAAAUAAAUGGAUUGAAUAUUUUUAAAGAACAGACAAUUGUCUCGCUGAUCUUUUUAAGCCAGGUUUAUUCCCCUUUUACUUACCACCCUUAAUUCUUUAGAACCACAAAACAAAAGAAUAUAAGAGAACAACAUGGCUCAUUUAAGAUAAUCAAUAAAAAAAAAUAGGAACGAAAAUUUUGUACCAUAAAAAUUGCCGCCCGAGGCGAACACCUAGCCCUCACCCCUUUUUCCGCCCCCAUCCCAUUCGCCAGUGAGUAGCCGAUAUUAAUUCAGAUUGAGAAUCUUCCAAAUUGUAUUAGAUCAAGCAUUUCCCCAGAUACUUAUCAGUGUACCAAAGUCCGGCUAUCUGGAAUGAACGGAAUUCAGUGUUACUAUGUUGUUAUACAGAUAUCAAAACGUAUGCCAUCAAACAACCGAUACAACACACUACUAAUAUAUAUAUAUCUAUAUAAAUAUAUAUAUAUAUAUAUCUAUAUAUAUCUAUAUAUAUCUAUAUAUAUCUAUAUCUAUCUAUCUAUCUAUCUAUCUAUCUAUCUAUCUAUCUAUCUAUCUAUCUAUCUAUCUAUCUAUCUAUCUAUCUAUCUAUCUAUCUAUCUAUCUAUCUAUCUAUCUAUCUAUCUAUCUAUCUAUCUAUCUAUCUAUCUAUCUAUCUAUCUAUCUAUCUAUCUAUCUAUCUAUAUAUAUAUAUAUAUAUGUAUAUAUCUAUACAUAGAUAUAAAGAUAUAUAUAUGUGUAUAUAGAUAUAGAUAUGAUAUAUAUAUAUAUAUAUAUAUUUGCCAUUGUAUGCUUGUACUUAGUUUUUGUCGUGUUGCGUUUGUUUUAAAUGUGGUAAACUAUAGAUUUGUUUUUUUUUAACUUUGUACCGUGCUUCGAGCCUUUGGGGAUGAAGCGUGUUUUUGAAAUGAACUUUAUUAUUAUUAUUAUUAUAUAUACAUAUAUAUAUAUAUAUAUAUAUAUAUAUAUAUAUAUAUAUAUAUAUAUAUAUAUAUAUAUAUAUAUAUAUAUAUAUAUAUAUAUAUUUAGAUAUAUUUAUAUAAGUAGAAUGACCAAAAAAAAUUCAGCAAGAGCAUUUAUGAAUUUGACCAGCUGUAUGCAAAAUAAAAAAUUUUUUUUUUUAAAAACCACCAAAAUAUAUAUUGUUGUUCUAUUUCUAGGCUAACUCCAAAUCUAAACCAUUUGCCUGGCUGGUGUGCACUUAUGUAACGACUACAAACUGGCUCAGACUAGUGUCAGCCCAGUGAACGGUUCAUGUCGUUUUCGUCUUUUGUUCCGUCGUCGGAGUUUUAUGUUAGGGAAAUGCAACAGUCAGCUUCCAUUGGAAAUUGUGAGUUAUGGUAGCUCAUUUGUAUAAUUGUAGCUAGUUUGUUUGAAUUAUCAUUAUCCGCUGUAGCAAAAUGAAUGAAUGGGGGCGCCCCAAAAAAACAAAAAGUGUUUUACAAGUACAAAAGGAAAUGUGUCACCACCAAUUUUCCCUCUAAGGAUUGUUGGUUCGUGUGCAAAAUUAUAAAGUUGUGUGCACAUUUUUAUAGCAUAAUUUUUUUUUGUGCGCAAAAUUUUAUGGCCUACAGUCACAAACACACACUUAAGUGGAAAUUAGCUGCGCGGUACUCAAAACUGCUGCGCGGCGUCUGUGAGAUUGCUGCGCGGCCGUGCAGCUUAAAGGGAACAUUGGUCACCACCAACUUUUAACGUCUGUAGAAUAACUCACACUUUUUAAUGGCUGAUAUUUAAAUUGUGAUCUUCGAUUUUUUAAAAAAAAUUACAACUUUCUCCCUCCCCCCCCCCCUUUACUGAUUUCAAAGCCAAACCUAUUGAAUGAUACGUUUUGAAAAUAUUGAUAAGUUGAGUGCAUAUACAAGAUGAUUUUUUAGCGCCCUAGAUCGUAGUUCAAUCCAAACACCUCCAAAAGUUUUUGGAGUAUGGACAUGAGAGUAAGAAAGAAGAAAAUGAGUCAAGGGAUAAAGCGAAGAAAAAAAACAGGGGAGGAGGCGAGCCGAUGCGAUAAGCUGUGAUGUAGAAGGAAAGACAAUUGAAACAAAGGGGUUGGGGGGGGGGUAAAACAUUUUUCUUAUGAAUUUAACCCAUUACAUGUUAAAAUAACGCAUUAUUUACGUAAUUUAUCCUCUAACAUCUUACUCAAUCCAACAGUAAAUGUGUGUCUGAUAAUUUUUCGUUAGUGUCUUCUGUCCUUUUUGCAAACAAACAAAAAAAAAAAAGGAAUUUAUUUAUAACUUGCUGACGGAAAUACUUUUUUUUUCGCCAUUUUUUGUUGUUGUUGCCAACGACCUUGUGAACAGCACACACAAAAAACGAAUCCCACCAUUUGUACCAGUAAUUGAACGUUUGAUAUGAAACACGCACGCGAUGCACCACACUCAUCUCAUGAUGUAGUUUUUUAAAAAAAAACGCCUGUUGUUUUUCUAUUAGCGCAGACAUUCGAUAAGAACGCAAGUCACGUGAUUUGGACCACGAAAUGUAAUUUCCCCCGACACCCCUCUGACCGACCGGUGGAUCACUUUCUAAUUCGAUUUUUCUUCAAUAGAUUCCCGGGGGGGAGGGGGAGGGGGGGAGGGGGGAGGAUUCUGAAAUUUCUUGGUAGAAUUCCGGUGUCAGACUGGACACCAGAGAAGGCAUGUUGGGGGGGGGAUGACGUGGGUGAGGGGUGAGUGGGGUGCUUUGCUUGAGGCAUGUUUGCAAAGCCCACCUCCAAUGAUGUGUGUACAAUGGCAGUUAUCUAUAGCGUUUCGUCACAAAAUCAUGACGUAUAAGUGAGCACAAAGCCAUGGCGCAUUUGUGAGCCACGAGCCAUAAGAUAUUAGUGAGCCACGAGCCAAGGCGUAGUAAUGAGCAACGAGCCAUAAUGUGUUAGUGAGCCGCGAGCUCUAUUUUGAAUAUAAUGAAAGACCAGGUUGACAUGCGGCUACGAGAUCAACAGGCUGGCUUUCGCCGAAACAGAUCAUGCACAAAUCAAAUUGCUACACUAGGAAUCAAUGUAGAACAGUCCAUUGGAUGGAACUCCCCCCAUAUAUAUAUAAACAUUUUAUAGACUUCAAGAAGGCCUUUGAUAGCCUGGACCGACAAACUUUGUGGAAACUUCUUCGUCACUAAGGAGUACCAGGGAAACUAGUCAGGAUCAUUCAGAGCUCUUAUGAAGAAAUGACAUGCAGGGUGGUGCACGAAGCUAGACUAACAGAUGACUUUAAAGUGGAAACUGGAGUGAGACAAGGAUGUCUCUUGUCCUCUUUCCUAUUCCUCCUUGCCAUUGACUGGAUAAUGAAAAAAUCCACAGACAAAAAGAGGAACGGGAUACAGUGGACACUCUGGCAAUAACUGAACGACCUAGACGUUGCAGACUACAUUGCACUUUUGUCCCAAAACAAGCAACAAAUGCAAGAAAAGACAAAAGACUUAGCCACCAUUUCAGCACAUUUCCUACUCAUUAUAAAUAAUAGCAAGACAAAGAUCAUGAAGGUAAUCUCAACCAACCAAGAGCAUACCACUCUUGCAGGGAAGGAACUGGAAGAAUUGGAGUCCUUUACAUACUUAGGCAGCACCAUCGACAUCAAUGGCGGAUCCAACGCGGAUGUAAGGGCUAGAAUUGGAAAAGCCAGAUCAGCAUUCGUGCUAUUAAAGAAAAUAUGGAGGUCGAAGGAGCUGAAGCUGCAAACCAAAGUCACAAUCUUUAAGACAAGUGUCAAAACAGUCUUACUAUACAUGAAGCAGAAAAUUGUAAAACAAAAAGGGCGAGCAGAAAGUACAGACAUUCAUAAACACAUGCCUUAGAAAGAUCCUGAACAGCAAAUAGCCAAAUACCAACACCAACAAAUAUCUACUGAAAAGGACUUACCAGGUGCCCAUCGACAAAGACAUCAUAAAGAAAAGAUGAAGAUGGACAGGGCAUACUCUCCGAAAAUCCCCAGAUAGCAUCACCAAACAAUCCCUACAUGGAAUCCACAGAGAAAAAGAAAGAGAGGAAGACCAAACAAUACAUGGAGACGCGAGCGAGAGACGGAUACUCAAAAUAUGGGAUACACCUGGAAACAACUGGAAAUGAAAGCACAGGACCGUGAUGAAUGAAGAAUUCUUGUGGGCGGCCGAUGUCCCUGACUUGGUAAAAAGGUAUAAGACGAAAGAAGAAGAAGAGCCACGAGCCAUGAGGUAUAAAUGAGCCACAAGCCAUAAUGUAUUAAUGAGACACAAGCUAUAAUGUAUUAGUGAGCCACAAGCCAUAAUGCAUUAUUGAGCAAAAAGCCAUAUUAGUGAGACACAAGCCAUAAUUUGCUAGUGAGCCACAAGCCAUAAUGUAUUAAUGUGCCAUAAGGUAUUACCGAGUCGCAAGCCAUGAGGUCAUAGCGAGUCGUAGGACAUGAUGUAUUAGCGAGUCAUAGGCCAUGAGUUAUUAGUGAGUUACAAGCCAUGAGUUAUCAUCGCGUCACAAGCCAGAAAGCAAUAGCAAUUUGCAACUCAUGACUUGUUAGCGAGCCACAAUGCAAGAGGUAUUAGCGAGUCACAAGCCCUUGGGGCAUCAGAGAACAUACAUUGCUGAAUCAGAAAGCUUCUCAACAAAGAAUGAGACAAAAAUAAGAUCGCAUGUCUACUGACUUGUUUUCCUAGUAAGUCGUUGUGGCGUCAUGCUCUUGCAUUAGUUUACAUGCAUUUUUGUCUGAACAACGCUCCAAAAAGCAGCACCAUUUGAAUAACUUUAGCUAUAACUGCAUCAGUGGUUUUACUGUGUGUGCACACACGCAUUGAAAUAAAACCCUCACCAGUCAGCCAGGGAUCCAAAACAUUUUGCAAAGUUUUACACUUACAAAUGUUAGUAAGGUUAUUUUAUUCAUGCGCCACAUAAUUUCACGUCAUUGAAGAAAAAAAAUGAUAAUAAUAAGGUCACGUGGUCAAAUAUCGUUUCUCUCCAGUAUCCGUUACUGGUAUUGUAGAUCAAAUAAUCCGUUUUACGAUUAUUGAGAUUUAAACUUUAAUCUUAAAGUAGCCAGAGAUCAUGUUCCACUCCACUGCACGUUAUCUACAGGAUGGAAAACCAAAAUGUAACUUGCCUCCGUCGAUAGUAUGACAGAAGAGCGUGCAAUGGGAUUGUUUAUAUUCACUUACCCACAGGGUAAAGCAGAGGAUGUGCUCCACUGUAAAGGCUCCGACCUUCUGUAGUCAAAGCAUCUGCUGUGAAUUGUAAUGCAGUAAAUAAAAAUAAAUCCACAUGGCCUGUCAUAAUUAUUUACUUAUUUAUUACCGCCAGAAGCUGGCUACGUUUCGGUGGCCGCCCUGUAGCUAUAAUGAAUUGCCUGCUUUUUAAGAAUAAAUUUGCAGUGAAGCCAAACACUAAGAAAAAUGACUAAAUUAAAAAAAUCAAUGUUUUACCAUUCUGGUAAGGACCAAAAGGUUGACUCGCAAGGUUCUAUUAUUCAUGACGGCCUUUGUACAGCUACAUUCACAUACCACAAAUAGCACCAAUUUUAUGAGCCACUAUUUGCGGAUCAUUCAGUUACCCACAAAUAGAACGAAUUAUAUCGGCCACUAUUUGAGUAUGUGAGACAUGUCCAGAUGGAGGUGUGUUUGCUAUAAUGUGUAGAGAGAAUCUUUCAGAGAGAAAUUGAUGCAUCCACUCCCCCCACCCCCCACACAAUAAUCUCCAGGCUCUCCAAACAGAAGCGUGUGGUUAAGUAACCCUGUAAGGAAUACCUAUGUGCAUUAGAGCGGACCUACCCUAAAGCCAGAGACGAACAUUCGCACUGAAGCACAAAAUUUUAUACUAACUACAAGCAUGAGCUCUAGUGUAGGUAGUCCUUAAGUUUUCUACCGGCCAUGCACCUGAUCAUAUCUAUGAAUUCUUAAAGAGCGGUGGUCAAAAUAAAAAGAAUUGCGGCUGGCUUCUAUGAAAAAGUGGCGGGGGCGAAACGUCUGCUUUCUAAGUUCUAUGGUUUUCUUCAUUAGCAUAAUGCAGACAGCCUUCAUUGGUUACACAUACUUAGUCGCUCGAAGGGUGUCAUAGCAAGAAUGGAUUUUAACUAGCCGAUAACUGUGUAAAUACCAUCCCCAUAUUUCCUUUAAUCCAGUGGGUCUUAAACUUCCUAAUCCCACGACCCUUUAAUACAGUUACUCUUGUUGUGGUGACCUCCAAACAUAAAAUCAUUUUCGUUGAUAGUUCAUAAAUAUGCAUUUUACGAUGGUCUUAGGCGACCCCUGUGUAAGGGUCGUUCGACCCCCCCAAAACAAGCUAUAUAUCUGACUGGCUAGCUGCUAACAACACAUGCUAUAUAUCUGGCUAGAUGUCUACCAGCAACACACGUUAUAAUAUAUCUGACUGGCUAGAUACCGACAACGCAAGCUAUAUAUCUACCAGGCUAGCUUGAUCACGCUAUACAUCUGGCUGACUAACUUCCUGGAUAAGUAUUAUCAGUAUCAUUGCAAACAACUAACGAGCCUGGGAAUUUUACCCCCCCCCCCUUUUUUUUUUCAAAUGGUCAGCAAGAAUAACUAAAAUGUUGAUAUGAAUAACUAAAAUGUUGAUAUUAAUAAAUAAAAUGUUGAUAUGAAUAACUAAAUUGUUGAUAUGAAUAACUAAAUUGUUGAUAUGAAUAACUAAAUUGUUGAUAUGAAUAACUAAAUUGUUGAUAUGAAUAACUAAAUUGUUGAUAUGAAUAACUAAAUUGUUGAUAUGAAUAACUAAAAUGUUGAUUAAAAUUACACGUCAUCUUUGACCCCGGCAAACGUGCACUCUGCCUACACACGCGCCUUAGCGACUUGCUUGAUUCUCGUCUACCAGGAGGGUAACGUCUCGUAACGAGGUCGGGAAAAACCUGCUCCACUCGUGCCACGGCGACUUUCAAAAGUCACGCGAAAUAAUAAAAAUAAUAAAUAACUAGAGAGAUGUGGCAGAGCUGGUAGAUUCAUGCGUUGCAGGUAACGCUUGAGUGAGUUAGAUACACAGCUUGAACAUGGGACUACUCAAAGUUUGUUAGCCCUUGUUACAGGGGAUCCACUGACCCUUGUCUGUUACAGGAGAUCCACUGACCCCCUCUUACAGGAGAUUCACUCAUCCGUGUUAAAGGAGAUCAACUUAUCCAUGUUAAAGGAUAUUCACUGACCCCCUGUUUCAAGAAAUUCACUGACCAAUGUUACAGGUGAUCCAUUGUGUUAAAGUGGAUCCACUAUCCAAUCACAACAUGCUAGUAAAAUAAAUGAAUGCCCUACCCUUCCACUAUAACACACUACAUAUCUAGCUUUGAAAAACUGAACUACUACAACGACUCACUAGAUAUAGAGCUCUUUGAGAAACUGACCUAUUAUAACCACGUUAAAACAUAUCAAACUGUUGGAGGAACUGACCUACUACCUAGACUCCCUAGACGCCAGCUCAAAGGUAGGACAAGAAGACCUCGUCGGAUUGUAGGGGACUCUAAAGGAAUUCGUUUUAUCCAGUAAUAACCCGGAGACGCGUGCACGUGUCGUAGUCAUGCUUGGUUGGUUUUCUCGUUGGUUUUUUGCUCUGCAGCCCUGAGACGCAUGUCGGUCAAGUGUUCCAAAGCCUUUCCCCAACAUUUCUAAGUAACAACUGAGGGCUGUUCUUUUCUUUAAUGAAAAUCUCAAUGUGAGCUCUAUGUUCAUGUUAUCGCAAGCGAACCGCUGCCACCUGGACAAUAGUGUAGUAGGUUAGGUCAGGGUUGGUCGCGGUAUAUCCCGGUUGGUCAGGGUAGGUCAGGGUAGGUCAUGAUUGGUCAGGGUAGGUCAGGGUAGAUCACAGUUGGAUAGGUUAGGUCAGGGUUGAGUAAGGGUAGGUCAGGGUAGGUCACGGUUGGUCAGGUUGGCUCAGGGUAGGUCACGGUUGGUCAGCGUAGAUCACGGUUGGUCAGUGUAGGUCACGGUUGGUAAGGGUAGGUCACGGUUGGUCAGGGUAGGUCAUGAUAGGUCAGGGUAGGUCAGGGUAGAUCACGGUUGGUCAGGGUAGGUCAUGGUAGGUCAGGGUAGGUCAAGGUUGGGUCAGGGUAGAUCACAGUUGGUCAGGGUAGGUCAUGGUAGGUCAGGGUAGGUCAAGGUUGGUCAGCGUAGAUCACGGUUGGUCAGGGUAGGUCACGAUUGGUCAGGGUAGGCCAGGAAACGUAGCUUGUGCCCCAGUCUGAAAAUUUGCUGAAACUAUUAAAGAGUGAGAAAAUGUUAGCGACUAAAAUUAAUUGUUGAAACGAUUAUUCCCAUCACAAAGGAUAAAUUCGGAUAUUUUUAAACACAAUGUUUGUUGCUCGCAUGGACUUUAAGGAUCUCGUUUGAACGCACUUCUUGCCAAUUUUAACAUCUAAACCUCUCUCUCCACCAGUCUUGCCAAUUUUAACAUCUAAACCUCUCACUUCACCAGUCGUGCCAAUUUUAACAUCUAAACCUCUCUCUCCACCAGUCUUGCCAAUUUUAACAUCUAAACCUCUCACUUUACCAGUCGUGCCAAUUUUAACAUCUAAACCUCUCUCUCCACCAGUCUUGCCAAUUUUAACAUAUAAACCUCUCUCUCCACCAGUCUUGCCAAUUUUAACAUCUAAACCUCUCUCUCCACCAGUCUUGCCAAUUGUAACAUCUAAACCUCUCUCUCCACCAGUCUUGCCAAUUUUAACAUCUAAACCUCUCUCUCCACCAGUCUUGCCAAUUUUAACAUCUAAACCUGUCUCUUUACCAGUCUUGCCAAAUUUAACAUCUAAACCUCUCUCUCCACCAGUUUUACUUAUUUUAUCAUCUAAAUAUAUAUAUCUCUCUCUCCUUUGCACUUGUUUGCCCCACCUGUUAUGACGUAUUCUAAUUUACCCCAAUUCAAAAUAUACAGAGCAUGAAUUUCUUUGAAAAUGUCAUCUUUUGUUUUUGUUAAAUGUCAUCCUUUAUUGUUGUUCUAUGUCAUCCCUUGUUUUUGUUCUAUGUCAUCUUUUGUUGUUGUUCUAUGUUAUCUUUUAUUGUUGUUCUAUGUCAUCUUUUGUUGUUGUUCUAUGUCAUCUUUUGUUGUUGUUCUAUGUCAGCCUUUGUGUUUGUUCUAUGUCAUACUUUUAUUUUGUUCUAUGUCAUAUUUUGUUGUUGUUCUUUGUCAUCCUUUGUUUUUGUUCUAUGAUUUCAUCCGUUGUUGUUGUUCUAAGCAAUCCUUUGUUUUUAUUCUAAGUCAUCUUUUCUUUUUGUUCUUCCUCAUCCUUUGUUGUUGUUCUAUGUCAUCAUCGGUUGUUCUGUGCGCGAUGAGCACAGGAGCGCAUUCUUAUGUGACGUUAGAAAACCUAUGAACUCCACGCUUCGGAUGAAUUUUUGUCGCCGACCAGAUGUGUAGUUUGGUGACACCCUGAUCUAGCUCGCCUUGUUUUACAGCCUACUUCUUCUCCGGCGAAGACUAAUGGCCAGGUUUAGUACCAUAACCUUCUUAUCUAAUAAAUACUUCAUAUAUCAGGGCUAGAUUCGUACUUUGCUGCGACAAACUUAACAUACCAGCUUGUUUUCACCAUAUCCUAUUUCUGCGAAACACAUUAUAUACCAGAGUUAGUACUCUACCCUAACACACAUAACACAGUUAGUAAUAUACUCUAAAAUAAGACACAGCACUAUAUACCACAGUUAGUACUAUACCCUAAUAAUAGGACACAGCACUAUAUACUACAGUUAUUACUACACCAUAAAAAUAGGAUACACACUAUAUACCACAGUUAGUCCUAUACCCUAACAAUAGGACAUGGCACUACAUACCACAGUUAGUACUAUACCCUAAUAAUAGGACACACUCUAUACCACAGUUAACACUAUACCCUAACAAUAGGACACAGCACUAUAUACCACAGGUAGUACUAUUCCCUAAUAAUAGGACACGACAUUAUAUAUAUCACUGGGUGACAUAGAUCCAGGACGCUACAAAGCAGACUCAUUACAAGCAUAUGUUAUAAAAACCGAGCUUGCAAAUGUACAUGGUCAAAAUGGUUUAAUUAUGACCCCCCUCUCACAUUACCCCGCAUAGGAGCCUCUUCUGUCAGGUAUUUAAUGACUGUGUCUAACGCCAUGCGAAUUAUUCUUGACACCUGAGUGAGUCAGACCUAUUUCUACUUUCAACCCUCAGUCAGAGGUUGGUGAGCAGCACAGCAACAUCAACACGCAUUUGUUACCUGCUGUUGUGGAAUGUGUAGGUGGGCCUAGUUAUAGUUUGGUGACAGCCACCAGGUGCCUCCCCUUUGUUUUGUUUUAAUAUUGACAUCUCCCAGUAAGUGUGCCGUGAACUCCUUUUUCCCCAACCCUCCCUUGAUUGGGCAAAGGUUGUUUACGGUCGAAUACUUUCUAUUCGUUCUAAAGAAUGCAAUCAGGUGACGCAAUUUCGGGAUUUUAUUUUCUGGAGCAUUCUAAUUUAAUCCCUAUGUAUAGGCCGGAAGCCUUCCAAGCCGGGAAAGAGAUUCUUUGCUAAUUUUCCUCGACAUUUAGGAGACGUUACUUAAUUGUAAGAUCAUUCUCUUUAUUUGUGUGUGUGUAAAUUAACAUUUGUGUUUUUCAAGGGCUGGGCAUUUUCCCUGGUUGUGCUGUGAGCUGAUUUAUUUAGUGUUACGAUAUUAUUUGAAUUUAUAUUUGUAUAGAACGUCAAUGGCAUGAUUCAAUUGGCGUUGGUCUUGUUUUCUUUGUAUGCUGUCCUUUAGUCCUUUUUUUGCAUAUUGUUCAUUCUACGAGCCGAAUCUUAAAACAGAUUAAAUGUUCAAACCCAAAUAACGGUACGUGAUAUCUGUAAAGGAUUGGAUAAGUUUUUACGGCAGGCCUGCACUACUCACAAUGUACUGCAGGCCGUAAUACUUCAGGAAAAACUUGUGCGCGCCGAAAGAAAAUAGGACGGGGGAUAGGACCGGGGCUUGGGGGGUGGGGCGUGAAAUGUCUUAAGAAAAGAAUAUUUCGUUACUUCACGGGCCGCAAAGUGGGUGUUGGCGGGACGCAUGCAGCUCGCAGGUUGUAUGUUGUGCAGGCCUGUUUUACAUCAACCAGGCCCACAUUCCUAGGCACAUAGCAUCUCUUCACACCACUAGUGCACCAAUGUUUAUGAAAGAGUUGAUAACCUCAAAUUAUUUCGCGUCAGUAAUCCAAUCCCCAGUCGUUAAAAUCUACCCCUGCCCCCCCCCCCCACCCCCGACCACCCCCCCCCCGCAAAUAUUAAACCGUGUUGUAGAACCCCUGUCACCUUGGCUAUCCAGCACCCGUAGAAACACAUGUGUGCAGUAUCAUACUAUAUAAUGAAAAAAUAUCUACACCCCCACCCCCGACCCCCCCCCCCCCCGCAAAUAUUAAACCGUGUUGUAGAACCCCUGUCACCUUGGCUAUCCAGCACCCGUAGAAACACAUGUGUGCAGUAUCAUACUAUAUAAUGAAAAAAUAUCUACACGUAUUCACUUAGCUGAACAUGUACCUGAGAGUAAUACCUUCACAACGCCCGGGUAACCUCUUCUUGCCCUACUCUGCAAGUGCUAACAACUUACAGAGCAAAAUAUCUAAACAUCAAGUAUAUGGGUCGACCUGAACAAUAAUAUGAUACAAAUGUCCACAAGACACACGCGUAUCCCAUUUUGAAUGUUUAGCUACUUCCGGUGGGUGUGUACAGUUUAGUUUUUGUGCCAAAUUGAUUUUAACAAAAUAUAGCAUGCUAAUGUAUUGAAUUUUAAAAAAAAAAUAGUUGAUAUACACAAAGAAUGUUUUUUUUUGAGAUUUAUAAAGUUGAUUAUUCCGGCUUCAGACACAACAUGCAACGUUUCUAUAAUAUCUACUGUUAGGUUAGCGGUUAGAGUAUACUCGGAGGCACAGGUGAAAUAAGAAGAAGCCAUAACGCAGUCCACUCAAAAUCAUGCACGGGCACACGUACAAAGCACUCACACACAGAUCAUUUGGCAAUUUCGCGCAGUUCUGGUGCGUUAAAUUUGACCUGGCCAGCCGAACACUAACCUGCUGGCGAGACCACCGGAGCUAAGUUGCUGUUAACUCCGGUACUGUCACAGGUUGCUGUUUGAUCUCUGGGUGUGUGUUCAACGGUAAUAAGUAGAACCUGCAUCACACAGGAGUGGAACAAUCUGUAGGUGUAUCGGGUGCACACGGUUGUUCUUACGUCUUAGGGUUAAGCGUUACUCACUCAUGAAGUGAGCGGAAUGUAGCAGUCUGUGGUUGCAAUUAUGGAUGUAUCAGAGACAACUUAGGGUUAAAGGUGCCUCAAAAAUUAAACGCCCAUUGUAACAAUCCGUGGUUACGUCUAUAGGUGGCUAAGAUGGUUAAAAGGGCCUUAAGUGCGGUAAUGGAAAGAUAUGCAUUCACAUCUGUAGAUGUAUAAACAUGCUCUUAGGCUAGGCGCGCAUCAAACAUUAAAUGAGAUACAAUGGAAAGACACGUAAAUACAUCUAUGGGUGUCUAAGGUGGUCUUAGGCUAGGCGUACCGCACACAGUGAGCGCGGUAAUGGAAAUACAUGUGUAUACAUCCUUAGGUGGAACAGAAAGGACUUAGGUUAAGCGUGCCUCACACAUUAAGCGCGGUAAUCGAAAUACAUGUGUAUACAUCCUUAGGUGUAUCAGAAAGGACUUAGGUUAAGCGUGCCUCACACAUUAAGUGCGGGCAAUGUACACCGCCGGCCCAGGACAAUAUCUGAAUCAAUACCAGGCUGAUUGCAGUGUGUCAGUGUCGCUUGAUGGCCGGUCUGUUGAUGCUCCCCAGACUUCAGGCCACGGAUCACCAUGGCGAUCGAUUUUUGUUUGUGUCGCAGAAACUAAUUCAAUUUUACAGUCCCCUCCAUUUGUUGUUUGGUCCGUUUUGUUAUUUCAGUAGGGUAUUGAAGGGUGGAGGUUGGGGGGUGGGCAGAUGAAAAAGAUAGACUGGAAAAGGAGUGGUGUGGGGAGGGGGGGGCGAUGCAUCGUUGAUUUCAGAGUAAAUCGAUGUGCGUGAUGGUUGGUCUCGGUGUUAACAAGGUUGGUUUUUUUUUUUUUUGGUCUUCUUCUAAAAGGACAUUUACACCAUGUAACAACCACUAUCUGUCUGAAGAAACAUUGAAUAAUUUGAUGCAGAACUUUAGACUGUGUAGGAUCACUUAUUUAGGUCGCACAACGAAAUCUUUAAAUUAACACCUAUCCUCUUUUUGCCUUACAGAGAAAUGCAAGCAAGACAAAGUCUUAAUCUAAGUAUGGCAUGUCUGGAUUGGAUAUUUUUUUUUUUACCCCGGAAGUUUUAUAGACAGCUUAAAUUAAAUGAAGAGAAUCAUUGGAUAAUUUGAUGCAGAGGGUUCGACUGUGGCUGAUCACUUGUUCGGUCGCAGAAUGAAAUCUUUCAGUGAACAACUAUUUUUGUAUUUGUUUUAUAGAGAAAUCCACACAAUACAAGGCCAAAUCUAUUUAUGGCACGUCUGUAUUGGAUAUUUUCCCCGGAAGUUUUAUAAAGAGCAAAGAUUAAAUGAAGAGUAAAUUUGCCGGAGUUUCACUUAUAGAGUAAUUCAAUAAAUUAAGGUUUUAAUGCUUUUAGAAAAAAAAAUGUAUUUUUUUUUAACGUUAUAAGACGUUAUCAUUGGGAAUAUUCCCUCUAAUGCUUUCCAGCAUCUACAAGUAAACUUUAACAUGGAAUACGUGCGAUACCAACAGUCAUCCGGUCUGAGCUCGUUCUAUUUAAUUUGUGAGCAAAUCGAAUUCUCUCAAUGGGUAAUAAUAUAACAUGCAGCAUAAACGCCAUAGGAUAAUUCAGCACAGGCGUUCUUGGUGCACUUGGGGGCGGGGGAGGGGGGGCUGUUUUAGAUCUCACCACCCCCCUAUUCCCAUCUUCCCCCAACCCCCACCCCCCCACCACUCUACUGAACGACAGAGUGAUAAAAAAUGUAUCCAUUUUCUCACACGUGUGCAGAGCCGAAUGAAACAUUUCCUCCAAUUUUAUGCUGGAACUCAUAGAGACGUAGAGACGUGGAGACGUGGACACACAAAAACAAAACAAAAAAAAAACCUUCUAGUAUCGAUCCAUCUCGUGUAGUCUGAGAGAGCGCCUUAGACACGAGCUAUUAGAAGUGGUUCUCACCCACCACCCCCCCCCCCAUCCACACUCCCCCUUCCUCAAAUCGUAUUUCAUUUAAAAAAUAAAAAGAAGUAACCCAUCAGGAAGGGAGCAAUUCCGGUGGGGAGGAAAGGGGGUGGGGGCAAGCACGUUUUACAUGAGAAUUCAACAAAGAUUUAUGUGUCAAAAGGUGCAUGCAUUACAAUGAUUUACUUAUCAACACAUGCAUACAUUACAAUGAUUCGUCUAUCAACUCAUGCAUACAUUACAAUGUCUAUCCAUAAAUCUAAACGCAGAUGAGCUCUGUUGCGAGGUGCACGGUCGAUAAAGCGUUAAAUUGUUUCUUGUAAAGUUUGGCUUUCUAAUAUGAGAAAUUGAAUAAAAUUCUCCUUUUUUAAAAAAAAGUGUGUGAGUUAGGGGGUGGGUUGUUUGGGUUGGGGGGGGGGGUUCAUGACGUAUGUAAUGUAUUCAAUGAAUGCCCCAACAUAUUUAUUUAUUGCCAGUGACGUAUGUAGGAAAUCGUCUCACCGAACAAGUAUUUUUUUCUUUUAAAUAAAUAAAAAAAUUAUAAAUAUUUUAUUUUUAAAAAAUACGUCCAGCAUAUCAAUGCAACGUAUAUCAAAUAACUUCUUAUCAAUUUGCUGACACCUGUGUUUCGUGUCUUUGGAAGAAAUGUGAGCGAGACACAGCCAUGAAUCUAAAUAUCGCUCUUCGAUAAUGCUUAUUAAAAGCCGGCAGCGGAAAGAUGACGACGGCCCUUCUUGAAAAAUCGCCUUUUUCAUCGGAAUACUUUUCAAUAGAAAUAUUACUCAUCAAAAAGCAUAUUCCAAAGAACUGACUGGCAUGUGAAGCUGGAGCCGGAAAUGUACAGUCCACCUUUUCUGCUGGUGGUGUGCCCCACACACCCAGUCUUACUUAUAAUUCUUUCUUUUUUUCUUCUGUCUACACUCUGGAACAAGUCUGUGAACCAGUAGGGGACACUACUUGAAUAAUAAGAACCGCAAGCGUUGAAGCAGUUCGUUCCCUUUAGUCCACUCUGCAAAUAAAAGAUUUUAUUUUUUGGCUGCGACUAUUCGUACCCGGGUACCAGAAAGGGCAGACCCAAACACGCAGCGCCGCCAUUCGCACCCGGGUGCCGUUAGACUCAAGCUAUUCGGAUGUCGUUUGUGGUAGUUUAUUUUAGUUAAACUGAAGAUGUAAGUUUUCCAACAUAUAGUCCAUUCAAUUAUCUUUCAUUUGAUACCUCAUUUUGUCUUACAAACCCAACGAUAAAAUUUUUAAUAAGUUUUUAAUCCCAACCUCUCACUUCUGGUACCUGGGUGCGAAUAGCCACUUCGUUAUUUUUUCCCCUUAAAGAUCUAUUUAAUUUUACUUUGAGCACAAUUUCAAAGUGAUUUAUCCUGCAGUUUUCAAGGAUUGAUAUUUAGUUGCUUCCGAUACACCUCGAACCAGGACUGUGCGCGCGUCAACCAUUUCUAACAAGUUUUUAAACCAGCGUUUGUCACGAUUGUUAGCUAAAGAGUUUGUUUUGAUUGUUAGCUAAAGAGUUUGUGUUGAUUGUUAGAUAAAGAGUUUGUUUUGAUUGUUAGCUAAAGAGUUUGUUUUGAUUGUUAGAUAAAGAGUUUGUUUUGAUUGUUAGCUAAAGAGUUUGUUUUGAUUGUUAGAUAAAGAGUUUGUUUUGAUUGUUAGCUAAAGAGUUUGUUUUGAUUGUUAGAUAAAGAGUUUGUUUUGAUUGUUAGCUAAAGAGUUUGUUUUGAUUGUUAGCUAAAGAGUUUGUGUUGAUUGUUAGAUAAAGAGUUUGUUUUGAUUGUUAGCUAAAGAGUUUGUUUUGAUUGUUAGAUAAAGAGUUUGUUUUGAUUGUUAGAUAAAGAGUUUGUUUUGAUUGUUAGAUAAAGAGUUUGUGUUGAUUGUUAGCUAAAGAGUUUGUGUUGAUUGUUAGCUAAAGAGUUUGUGUUGAUUGUUAGCUAAAAAGUUUGUGUUGAUUGUUAGAUAAAGAGUUUGUGUUGAUUGUUAGCUAAAGAGUUUGUGUUGAUUGUUAGCUAAAGAGUUUGUGUUGAUUGUUAGAUAAAGAGUUUGUGUUGAUCGUUAGCUAAAGAGUUUGUGUUGAUUGUUAGCUAAAUAGUUUGUGUUGAUUGUUAGCUAACAAGUUUGUGUUGAUUGUUAGCUAAAUAGUUUGUGUUGAUUGUUAACUGAAUAAUUUAUGUUGAUUGUUAGCUAAAGAGUUUGUGUUGAUUGUUAACUGAAUAAUUUGUGUUGAUUGUUAACUAAAGAGUUUGUGUUGAUUGUUAGCUAAAUAGUUUCGGUUGAAUGUUAGCUAAUUUGGGUUGUCAUGAUUGUUAGCUAAAUGGGUUGUCAUGAUUGUUAGCUAAACAGUUUGUGUUGAUUGUUAGCUAAAUAGUGUGUCUUAAUUGUUAGCUAAAGAGUUUGUGUUGAUUGUUAGCUAGAUAGGUUGUGUUGCUAGUGUCUCCUUCCUCCAAUAAUUUAAGAUGACUUCAGACCGUAUCAUCUUCUCCAUGAUUGACACAAAUUCGUGUUUUCCAUGUAUCAUAUCGCACGCAGUGGCACACAUCCACAUAGACGUAUGUCUCGCUCGAUUAUUAUGCAUGCAACGGCAUCGCUAAACAUGAUUUAUCUGUUACGCUACUCUUUAUAUUUUUCAACAAUUUUCCAAGUACAUAUAUUAAUCACAUAAAUGAAUAUUAUGAUUGCUUGAAAGCUCUGAAAAAGGUAUACAUUGAAUUGAACUCAGGAAGAAGUUUUCAAUACAGAAUUCGUGUGCUAGGAACGAGGCUUAUUAUUUAUUUAUUUUUAAAUAAAAAUAAAUAAAUAAAAUAUUGUUUGCAAACCAUUUAGAUCUAAGUGUUUGUCUAAGAAGUGAAAUUUUAUAAAAGGAUAACUAUAUUAAAGAUGACAUCAAAAAGUAGAUGUAUUCCACUUGUUAUUAACAAGACACGGUGUUACUGUGUAAAAAAAACAAGUUUAUAAUGCGUAACUUUCAUUUCACUCUUAUGCUAACACAGAAGCGAAAUCUAUCGAAAUCUAACGAAAACUUCUCAGUACAAAUAAUACAUUAAAUAAUAGUUAUAAUAAACGAUGAAGAUAAGAAAACUAGCAUGACACUGAUUCUUAUAAGUUCUGAAAAUGACGAAGAUUGAAAUGACCGGCAAAAUGAGGCCGGAGGAAUUAGCGUGAACUAAUUGCACUUGACAAAAGAUUCAAGUAACGCACUAGAAAAGAUUUCCAAUUGACGCCUGGAUAUUGUGCUAUGGACAGGAUAGCCCCAAACACGUUUCUGUGACUGCAGUUGGCCUUGUCACUGUUUGGGGACCGGUGAUGAACUUGCUGACGUCCUGGUACCAAACUAUUGAUUUUAACUGUUACUUUCAAUCUCAUAUACUACGUUAAAAAUUACCAUUUAAUUCGGAACACGUGGCAUUGUUUGUAAAUAUAGAUGACAAGUUUAAGAUCCGGAUUCCUAAAUUCAAUAACUUAUUCGCUAAGAAAACGGAAUGAACGUCCCUUGUUCAGCCAUAUAAUUCAACAAUGAUAGUGGUACAUCUUAUGAACGUCCCUAGUUCAGCCAUAGAAUUCAACAAUGAUAGUGGUACAUCUUAUGAACAUCCCUAGUUCAGCCAUAGAAUUCCACAAUGAUAGUGGUACAUCGAAUGAACGUCCCUAGUUCAGCAAUAGAAUUGAACUAUGAUAGUGGUACAUCGAAUGAACGUCCCUAGUUCAGCCAUAGAAUUCAACAAUGAUAGUGGUACAUCGAAUGAACGUCCCUAGUUCAGCCAUAGAAUUCAACAAUGAUAGUGGUACAUCGAAUGAACGUCCCUAGUUCAGCCAAUGAAUUCAAUAAUGAUAGUGGUACAUCGAAUGAACGUCCCUAGUUCAGCCAUAGAAUUGAACUAUGAUAGUGGUACAUCGAAUGAACGUCCCUAGUUCAGCAAUAGAAUUGAACUAUGAUAGUGGUACAUCGAAUGAACGUCCCUAGUUCAGCCAUAGAAUUGAACUAUGAUAGUGGUACAUCGAAUGAACAUCCCUAGUUCAGCCAUAGAAUUCAACAAUGAUAGUGGUACAUCGAAUGAACGUCCCUAGUUCAGCAAUAGAAUUGAACUAUGAUAGUGGGACAUCGAAUGAACGUCCCUAGUUCAGCCAUAGAAUUCAACAAUGAUAGUGGUACAUCGAAUGAACGUCCCUAGUUCAGCCAUAGAAUUCAACAAUGAUAGUGGUACAUCGAAUGAACGUCCCUAGUUCACCCAUAGAAUUCAACAAUGAUAGUGGUACAUCGAAUGAACGUCCCUAGUUCAGCUAAUGAAUUCAAUAAUAAUAAUGCUAUUUAACAUACACUUAAUAGGUGAAGCCAUUUGAACUGAAUGAUGGCUAAGAUGGUAUCGCCAUCAAGAUGAUUAUAAAUAUUGCCUUAAAUAAUAUGCUUCCGGUGGUAUAAGGACAAUGAAAACUAUUCCCACACAGCGACCGGCAGCAGUAUCGCGUACAUCGCAGAUAUGCUUCAUGUUGGAUUUUUAACAAAAUUUUUAUGGUACUAUGCUAAUGUUGUUAUGAAGCCUCUAAGUUUGAUGAAUUCAUGAUCGCUACUGGUUCUUUAAUUAUACUAUUACUAUUACUUCUACUGGUUCUUUUACUUAUGCUAUUACUAUUACUUCUACUGGUUCUUUUACUUCUACUGAGUCCUUUACUGCUAAUGGUUCUAUUUCUCCUAUACGUACAGUUUUCCCUUUCCCUAUUUGGUGGAGAACAUUUCUCGUCUUAUGUAGGUAAUACUAAAUCUUAAAAAUUGUAAUACCCGGACCCGAACUCGGAUUCGAAGGAUUCGAUUGACCCCUACGAAUAAACAAGAACAAUAACACAAACAUAAAUGAACGACAUUGAUAUCCAGUCUACUACAGAGGUUCAGCAGUCCCUUAGAACGUCCAGUUCUCUCCUUAUCUCACCGUGGAUGACAGUAUCACUCUUCUAACUCCAAAUGGGCGGGCGGGGGUUGGGGUUAAUAAAAAUUCAUGGGCUGGCACAUUCCUACGUUUAAAUGAAGGGCUUACAGUAAUUGUACAUCGCAUAAAAUCGAUUAAGAUGGUUACAAGCCUCACCCCCACUGAUUUGAAAUGAAAUCACUUACUAUUACUCUUUAUCCCGAGGCAGUGACUUAUUUUCUUGACUUGGGUGGGUCAUGGAAGAUCUAUCAACAAAUGACCCUCAACAAAUCAGAUUCCAUUAUUGAUUGCAAGAUCGAUAGACUUCUUAAUGUAGUUAUUAUUUAUGAAGUUAACGCUACUUGAAACGAUCUAAUAUUUUGAUAUUUCGUGAAACUAGCGAGUACCGGCAUGCGUUUCUAUGCCACUCAAAGAAAACAAAAUUGUUUGUGUUUUAAUUACGAUUUUAAAGUAGUUUUUUAAAGAGACAAUAGUUGUUUUUUUCCCGUCUGGUGAGUACACAAAUAUAUAAGAAGGUUUUUCGAAGCGUGAGCACUUGAGAAACAUGUUGUUUUUUUUUAAAUUUAGACAACACAAUUGUAGCGAUUUAUUUAUCCAUUCAGUAGUUCUGAUUGAAAUCCAUCUAUCCAUCUAUCCAUCCAUCUUUCCAGUCAAAUCUUAUCUUUUCUUAUCUUAUCUAUCUAUCUAUCUAAAUAUAUAUCCAUAUAUCUAUCAAUCUUUCUAUCUAUUCAUCUAUUUUUCUAUCUAAGAAAGACUUAACCCAUUUCUAUUUUGAAAAAUAAAUUUGCGCUUGUGUAAAAUGAUGGAUUUUGAUAUUCUUGGUUAUAAUUGUGUAAAUGUACUCACGUUUUGUUAACGUCAUUGAUUUUCUUAAUUUGUAAAAAGAAAUACAAUUUAUUUUUGACAACUGUAAUAUCAUUGCAUUUAAAGAUCUUGUCAUCCACGUAAAAUUGUUCACACCCUACUUCUUACCCCAGAAAUAUAUGUACCUAAGAAAUGUAAUUAUUUGUCAAAUUCAUUCUGAGGCGCAUCGUGCAAAUGAAACUUGAGGCGCAUCGUGUGUUAUCUUGGGCAAAUGAAACUAUCGUAUUACUUCUACCCCCUCCCCCCCCCCCCAAACAAACAUAGUUUUAAAGAAAUUACUAAAAUUAUCAACGGGAUUUUAACCCCCUAACUUACGCAAAAACCAUUUUUUAAAUGUGUUAUCUUGGGCAAAAGAAACCAUCGUAUUACUUCCACCCCCCCCCCCCCCCCCCCAAACAAACAUAGUUUUAAAGAAAUUACUAAAAUUAUCAACGGGAUUUUAACCCCCUAACUUACGCAAAAACCAUUUUUUAAAUAUGUUUACAUGCUUUGUUCUUAUUUGGAUGAGUGAUAAGUGCAUUAGUGAAUGCUAUUUGGAUAUGUAGUUUCGGUGCACUGAUUGCAUUCAACGGCAUUUUCGUAUUAAAAGUAUAUGCAAAGAUUACGUUUUUUUAAUUACAUUAUAACUUUCAUAAAAGUUUUUUUUAGAAAGAAUACAAAGUAAAAACGUAUUAAAUAAGUUAAAAAUACAAAGCUAAGAUGUAUUAAAAUUUUAGAAAAUGUUAUCAAUUUAAAAAGUUAUCUAUUAUUUUUAUUCAUUUUACUUUUAAGAAAGAGAAUAAUAUGCUAUCAGUUUUGUUACGCGCGGUUCUAAAAUCAAAGAAACUUGGAGCUGAGUCUAAUAUAGGCAAUCGUGCUAUGACGUCAUUUGUGUAAUUAUUUAGAUCAAAAUUUUUUUACUUUAACUUCGCAAUAUUAACUACGCACUAAAAUACGCACAAAUAUAAACAGAUGUUUGGGUUUUUCCGAUAAAUGUGAUGAAGAUGCAAUUCUUAGUUCAUACUAUUUUAAUUAAUAAUUUGUUUUCAUAACUUUUACAUUCGGAAAAAAAUGCUUAAAAUAAUUCCUUGCUUGAUACUUAAAAUGUAUUUGUAAUUUAUAAUAAUAAUACUUAAACUUUUACUAAAAUAAAAGCGGAUUUAAAAUAUUUUUCUGCACAUUCAAAUUUAUUCGAUUUCCGUAAAAUAAUAGAAAAUAACUAUUAUUGUUUUUAGGAAUCCGAACGUAUCUCCUCUUUGGCGUUAUGUCACCCUAGCUCAUUCUUUUAUAUAUAUAUAUAUAUAUAUAUAUAUAUAUAUAUGGGUGAAUUAUUAAGCCGAGUAUGCUACGAAGGGGUGGUUUUAUUACGAACGUUCAAGCGAUAUAUUCUUUUCUUGUUAUUAUUGACACAAAGAAACUUUUAUACGGGUAUCAGUUUCUGUUGUUGUUUGUUAUGUUUUCAUAGCGAUUUGAUCGUUAGUGAUAGUGUUUUAUUGGCGCAAAUUGUGUGCGUCUUAUUAAUUUUAAACUGACGGAUACUUAUAUCGUUUCCUUGGCAUCAAUUGUGUCUCAUUAAUCUACAGAUUAUAUCUGUCUCUUCUGGCUGUUCUUAUAUAGAAUACUUUACUAAUCUACAGAUAGUGAGCACAAGCCAGCCGAUUGUUCUUAUAUAGAAUACUUUACUAAUCUACAGAUAGUGAGAAGAGGCCAGCCGAUUGUUCUUAUAUAGAAAACUUUUACUAAUCUACAGAUAGUGAGCACAGGCCAGCCGAUUGUUCUUAUAUAGAAAACUUUUACUAAUCUACAGAUAGUGAGCACAAGCCAGCCGAUUGUUCUUAUAUAGAAAACUUUUACUAAUCUACAGAUAGUGAGCACAAGCCAGCCGAUUGUUCUUAUAUAGAAUACUUUACUAAUCUACAGAUAGUGAGCACAAGCCAGCCGAUUGUUCUUAUAUAGAAUACUUUACUAAUCUACAGAUAGUGAGCACAAGCCAGCCGAUUGUUCUUAUAUAGAAUACUUUACUGACGAGGACAGAGAGGGACUGGGCCCAACUGACGCCAUCUUGUGUAAGUAAAAAGUUAUCGUAAUUUUCCUUUAUUGUUUAUUUUUGCAUUUGCUCGAUUAAAAAUUCCCUUUAAAAAAAAAAAAUUAAAAAAAAUUGGAGUUCACAACAAAAUUUCAGCUUUCACUUUGAAACGUAAUAAUCGAUUAGGUCAAAUACUUAAAGCGCUUGCAAUUUAUUGGAUACCUGAGUCAGGGCUACGUUAAUUCAUUUCCUAGUUACUUCUUAAAAUUGAUGAUACCUUUUAAUUAACUUAGCUUCUCUUUCUUUCAUAUAUCUGUCGCGUUUAACGUGUUCCGUUCGUGACGCUGAAGAAGGCUUUAGGUCGAUACAUUUGUUUCGUAUAUUGUUGUUUUUUCCCCCCAAUCUUUCUGACACUGCGUGGUUCACAUAUGUCUGUUCAAGUAGGCACUGGAAAGCGACCUUGGUAUCGGGUCGCUUGCAUGUGUGGUGAGGAGGGGGUCGCUUGCAUGUGUGGUGGGGAGGGGUUCACUUGCAUGUGUGGUGGGGAGGGGGUCACUUGCAUGUGUGGUGGGGAGGGGGUCACUUGCAUGUGUGGUGGGGAGGGGGUCAAUUGCAGGUGUGGUGGGGAGGGGGUCACUUGCAUGUGUGGUGGGGAGGGGGUCACUUGCAUGUGUGGUGGGGAGGGGGUCAAUUGCAUGUGUGGUGGGGAGAGGGUCACUUGCAUGUGUGGUGAGGAGGGGGUCACUUGCAGGUAUGGUGGGAAGGGGGUCACUUGCAUGUGUGGUGGGGAGGGGGUCACUUGCAUGUGUGGUGGGGAGGGGGUCGCUUGCAUGUGUGGUGGGGAGGGGGUCACUUGCAUGUGGUGGGGAGAAGGUCACUUGCAUGUGUGGUGGGGAGGAGGUCGCUUGCAUGUGUGGUGGGGAGAGGGUCACUUGCAUGUGUGGUGUCGGGGUUUUGAACCCCGCGUUUUUGUUGACAUGGUUUCAUGAGUGUCUCCAUUAUGAAAUAACCCUUAAGUGAGGGUCUGACCCAUUAAAAUACCCCCACAUCACUAAGACAGAGCACGGGCUGAUUUUCAAGAAGCUGGAGUUGAAAAAGAUAUGUUUCGGACCCUCUCGCUAAAAUGCUUACUGAAAAAAGUUGUGCUUCAUUUUGUAAAGAAGCAUUGGUUUAAAAAUUGCAUACAUAGGUAAAAGAAUACAUUUCUAAUUUUUCAGGUAUGUUUCUUUCUUUCUUUAUUUUUGUUGUUGUUGUUGUUUUGGUUUUGUCCUAUUGACAGUCUUUUAGUUUGAGAACCAUACCCCAAAAGAUAAUGUAACUCCCCUAGAUCUCCCGUCGCUUCCAAAUAAUGUAACUUUCCCAAGUGUUACUGUGGUUUAAACAUAAUGCGAUUAUAUUUGUCUCUUCCCCCCCCCCCUCAGUAAAUAUUCGCCAAGCCACCAUGUUUCCACUUGUCAGUCUACUCAUACUUCUCAUCGGCGGCAUCAUGUGUUUCAUCGGUCACUGCAACGACAACAGGAAAAUUUUAACUUUUGUUUCCGGCAUACUCUUUGUUUUGGCAGGUGGGUUGACAUUGGUAUGAAUUUGAUUAUAUUGUGGGAUCUACAUUUAUGGAACAUUUAUGAAUUCAUAUAUAAUACGAACACAUUUUUUGCCUGAUAUAGCAUGACGGGUGUAUACAAAAUGUUUUAUAAAAAAGGUAAAAAGAAAUGAAAAGGGACUCAACUGGAAAUUACAAAAAUGCAAUUUUUGUUUCAUAGGUUCUCCCAUUUGUUAAUAAUUAAUUGAAAAGAUGUUCUAUUUAAAUGACCAAUAAGACACUAAAUAAAGGGAAAGAAAUUGCAUUUCUUGAAAAUGCAACGCUGCUCAAACAUAUUCGUCUGUUACACCAUAGAUCAAGGCGAAAAUACGAGGAGAAUUAUGUUAUUUAAAAAUUCACGAUUUUUAAAGAAUAUUUCCUUAGCAUAAUUUUUUUUUAAAUACUAUGCUUUAUAGGUUUGUGCACCCUGGUCGGCAUUAUUCUCUACAUCGGCAGCAUCACUGGCGAGGUCGGCAACAAACCUCGGGCCUCCAUAGAAGAGCCGCGGUUCCUCUACGACUACGGGUCAUCCUUCUUCAUGGCCGUCGGCUCCUUCGUGCUGACCGAGCUCUCCGGCGUCUUCUCCGUGUACCUCUACAUCUCCAAGCACAAACAUUCCCAGCGCGUCAAACGGCUGGCCCUGAAGGCUGAACACAACGACAGGAACCACCAGGCCGCCCGCCACAUCAGGAGGCUGCCCCGCGAGAACUCGCGGGAGCGCUCGCAGUCGCGCGACCGGUCCCGCGACCCGUCCGCGAGCCGGUCCGAGAGCUACUUCACCUACACCCCGAUCUCGGACGCGUCCCACGAGCUCUCCAACUACGCGUUCACCCGCU